CAGUGGAACCCACCCGGUGGACGCGACGACGUGGCUACAUGCUAAUGCUGCUAACUGGAGUCGGUAGAGGAGAGGAGCCGCAUUAGAGUCCAGGAGGAAACACAACACACAUCUUACGGAGCCACAGUGAGUCAGACUGUAAACUUUAGAGUCUCAUGUUUAAAUCCCUUGCCCAAAAAGUAACUGAAGAAAGCAGAGACAAUGAUGGAAAUGGAGGAAAGUGUGAGGUGUUGGUAGAAAAACUCAACAUGGCGGCACCAGUGUCUGUGCUGCGUCUGCCCAAAGGUCCGGACCCCAACAGCCGUGGAUUUGACCCAAAGUCACCCCGUUUCAUAGCUCUUUGUCGCACCUCCAUUUCCACGUCUGCCGCCUCAGAGGCCGACCCAGAGGAGCAGCAGAGAGAGCAGCAUGCACGGACCACGCUGAGGGAAAGAUUCCUGCACUGUCUGCUUGCCAUGACCAACAAAAAGGUUCAGUUUCACAUGUAUGAGAAGGUGAAGGUUGAGGCCACGUUUGGAGCGUCUGACAUUGACAUGCUGCACUUUCAGGUGUCGGACUUGCACACGCCGAUUGGUGUACAGAAAGAGGCACUGAUCAGGUGUCAUGAUGUGAUUUCGUUAACGUUUGAUGCAUAAAUACCUGAGGAUUUGUUACUUGUUACUUGCUUUUUUUGGUCACUGAGGAAUCUCAUUUGUUGCAAGUGGGAUCUGUUUUCACACCAUGAGAUUGUAAAUCAAUCUUUUUUUUUUUCUUUUUCUUCUUUAUUAAUUUGCUGCAGGGUGAGGUUGUAUAUUGUUUUGUUUUUUCCAGUCCUCUUUGAUCAAAAGAUCGUGCUGAUGAAACUUGAGUCCAACAGUAACAGGAGCUCCCACUUUUCACCACAAGAGGGCGUCAUCCCUGUGUUUUAAGGCACAUUUUAAACCUGAUAGGCCUGUUACUUUGUACUGGAGUUGAAUGAUGCACAGAUCAGUCAAAUAUUAGAAAAUUUUUCGUAAAAUAGUGACAAAAUAUUAUAUUUUGCUGAAAAUGUCAUGUUGCAAGAAAUGUUGUAUCCUAGUAUUGCAUCUGACAUUUGAGCAGGUAGGGGUGUUCUGUUUAUGGGGACCACAGUGUUGGUGCACUCUUUAAGAUCUGGAAGUUUAAAGCCAAGUCUCUUGAUUCUGUGUUUCUUUUGCUGAGGUUUACUUUCCCUGGUUAACUUUGACAUAUGAAACGUUGCACUUGAUAUAGUUUAAAAAAAUAAAUAAAUAUAUAUACCACUUUGU